UCCUGUGAUUGGUCAACGAGCGUUCCAGCUGGGCUCAGUGACGCGGCCUAGGAAUGAAGACGCAUGCGCAGGGUUCCCUGUGUCAGUGCUUGAGCUCGGGGAGCUGGAGUAGGUUCGGCUGCAAUAUGAGGAGCGGAGUAGGGUCUGAUGCGGAUGAUGGCCGGGAUUGGGAGUUUUUGGUGUGCAAGAAGAAAUUGGAAAGCAAGAAAGAAGCCUUACUGAUCCUUUCCAAAGAGCUGGAUACAUGUCAGCAAGAGAGAGACCAGUUCAAGCUGAUGGCCAACCAGCUGCGAGAGCGCCACCAGUCCCUAAAGAAGAAAUACGGGGAGCUGAUUGAUGGAGACCCGUCCGUUCCACCUGAGAAAAGAAAGCAGGUUAAUUUGGCUCAGUUGCUUGGGGACUCCAGGGAAAAAUGUAAAAAAAUGGAGUCCGAAAUAAAAGAACUGCAGCAAAGACUGGGAGAAGUUCAAGGAGACAACAAGUUACUACGAAUGACCAUUGCCAAACAAAGACUCGGGGAUGAUGAGGUUGGAAAGCGACACUUUGCCCCACAUGAAAGGGAAGAUCUUGUAUUACAGCUGGAGAAAGCCAAAGAGCAGAUUGAGGCUUUCGAGCAUGAUCUUCAGGCCUCUUUAGAUGAACUGCAGGACGUAAAACAGGAGCGCUCGUUUUUUCAGGAUAAGGCUGAAAGGCUAAACCAAGAACUCAACCAUGUUCUAGGAGGCCAUGAGAAACGCAUUAUAGAUAUUGAUGCCCUGUGCAUGGAGAAUAGGUACCUACAGGAACGAUUAAAGCAAGUGCAGGAGGAAGUCAAUUUGCAGAAAAGUAAUCUUGUCAAAUACAAGAAUGCACUGGAGAAACGCAGGAAUUCAAAAUCCAACACGAAAUUAAGCAGCAGCGCGCUGACCGGAGUGCUAUCAGCAAAGCAAGUUCAAGAGCUUCUAUCAGAAGAACAUGGAUGCAGCUUGCCGGCCACUCCCCAGUCUGUCUCUGAUCUGAAAUCCUUGGCCACAGCAUUGUUGGAAACAAUCCAUGAGAAGAAUAUGGUUAUCCAGCACCAGAGGCAAACCAAUAAGAUUUUAGGCAACCGGGUAGCAGAAUUAGAGAAGAAAUUGAGAACAUUGGAAGUGUCUGGCUUGUGGAGUCUUCCAGGAGGUAGGGACACUAUAACUCUCAGUAAUCCAUCAUCUCCUUCAAGGGGGCCAAAAUCUCUUAUACCGGCAUUUACUGAUGUGCCUCACCAUAAGCCGCUGACCAAUGAAGAACACGGUCAACCAGGUGUUGAGUUGGGGUCUCCUGCUUUAGAUGAGGGAAGCGACAAUGAAGCUGCCAAACAACUGGCAAACUCUCAGGUUCCAUUGGGUAACACUUACGAUAACACGUACCUGCAUCCCUUCAUCCCAUUGCUGUGCCAGGAAAAUGAAGACUUAGAAAGACAAGGCCCAGAGAUUGCUAAGAUGACACAAGAGCUGACAGCUGGAGAAAUAGAAGAAACCAGUUUUGAAAUUCCUCCUGACAGCCAGAGUACAGCAAGCAGUCAAGAGAACCAUGACAACUUACAAUCACCUUUUUCCAGCCCGGAACCUUCAGGAGCCAUGAGUAAAAAGCACCCAGAUAUAAGUCUGGGAGAUGAAAACAUUGUGCCGGUUCCUCAGGAAUGUGCAGAUGAGAUCACAGCCGGCAGCAAUGUUAACCAGUGUACAGAAGCCCAGCAUGACAACAAAGAUUGCUGGGAAAUAGAAGACUGUGACUCUUCCGAAAAAGCUGCCAACAACAGCUGUGAAUUGAUAGAGAGGUGUAACCGUUUGAAUGAGAGCGUUUCCUGACUUUAAUUGAAGUUCCUUCCAAAGAUUUAUUUAUUUCAAUCGAGAGAGGUAUUUAGCCGGCAGAGGAACACUGCACAAUUAAACAUCAUUUGCAUGUUAGGUCUUUAUUGAACUUCAUUUCAAGAUAGGAGAUAUUUUAUUUAUAUAAGCAGCAAUAUGUGUAUUGUUUCAGUGUGUAGUCCUGUCCAUGCUCCUGUUGUUUUAUCAUUAUUUUAAUGCUUUUGCUUUAGACCUAUGGCUGCCGUUUGGAUUGCUGCCUCAGACAGAGCUUUUCCAAUAUUUGGGAAUCGGUGCCAAACAAUUUCAGGCAAUUUGAUCACCAUUGGUCUCUGCUAUGGAACUGCGGCAGUCAAUAUCCUCCCAUGUGUGUCUUAUGAAUUUACACUGGUGUUUAAAGGAGAAUUCAAAUGCUUUAAUUAAAUACCCCUACCCCCCUACCCUAAAUAGCCCCCUCCCCCCCAGCUUACCUGAUACCCCGGGCAAAUGCCUCUAACGUUUUACUUAGCCCUCAGUGCCGAUUCUGACCUCGGGAGUUCAAGUGCGUCAUCUUCUUUUCUUCCGUAUUCUUCGUGAAGUUAUCAGAGUUUCGCCACAUGCGCAGUUGGAGUAAUAUUCCGGUCUCUAACAACUAUGCAUGCGCCAAAAGUCGCAAUAAUCCACUAUUUUGGAUUUCCCCGAACCCACGAAUCCUUUGUUAGAGAUU